AUGUUGCAGUCCAUGAUGGCAAGAACCCCCUCAACAUCUGGCAACAUGCAGGCUUCCGAUGACAGCGACUCAGAGGUAGAGUUAACCGUUGUGCCGCACCGUAAUUUGGCAACAGGAAAAAACGUCACACAGUCAUCAACCUAUGGCCUCUGGUCUGCUGAACAGGCCAUUGAUUCCAAUCCUGGUUUCAGAAAGUCGUGGUCAUCGUGUUCCUCAACCGAUAAUCAGACUAACCCAUGGUGGAGAGUGGAUCUGAGUUCUGUGUACAGAGUUAAUAGAGUCGUCAUCACAAACAGACUAGACUGCUGUCCAGAACGAAUAAACGGAGCGGAGAUUCGCAUCGGAAACUCUUUGGAGAACAACGGCAACAACAAUCCCACAUGCGCUGUGAUUUCUAGCAUUCCAGCUGGUGUUUCCUCCACCUACACAUGUAAUGGUAUGGAGGGUCGAUAUGUGAAUCUUUUCAUUCCUGGAGAUUCAAAGUAUCUUACUCUGUGUGAGGUGGAGGUGUAUGGAGAAGGUCCUGUACUGAAGAAAACCUUUGUGAAGAUGAACCUGAAGUCCAGUUCGAGUCUGUCUGAAAUUGAAAUGAGAGUCCAGCUCCUGUCACAGCUUCAGUCUGCUUUGGUGGAACGAGGGUUUUCUGACUUGACGCUGCAGUGGUCUCAACCACCCAAAAAGGAAGUGAUGCAGAAGGUAGCUUCACCAG